CGAAAUUUUUUAUGUGUUUUGUGAAAUAUUAAAAUUCGUAAAUUUUUUCUUCAAGAAUGAAUAAUCCAUUUACUGCCGCCGCAGCGAGUUUCGCCGAAUUUCGUCACAUGGAAAUGUAUAAUGGUUUACCAGCGCAAUUAUUACACCAUCUACAUCCUCAAUUCUUGCAUCCAGGUCUACCAUUCGGUGCAACUGGGGCAUUUCGACCCUUGGUCGAAUUAAAAACAUUUCAAACACCGUCGGCUUUUGCACCGCCAACAAAAUGUCUAAAAAUUUCAACAUCUGUUAACGAUAAUAACGAAAUAAUUACAUCCCAUGGAACAAAUCAUUCCAUUUCGAAUAUGUUCUCGCCAACAUCACAGGAUAAUCGGAAUUAUCCACAAAGUCAUACGGAUUCAUUGUCACCAAUCAGUGUUUCAAUGUCACCUCCACUUGGACCACGAUCCGCUUCCAAUGAUUUGAUACAAAAUUCAUCGUCUGACCUAUCGGAACGGAAUACUACAAUUAGUAAUGAUGGUUCCACAAAUUCUGGUACAGAUGUCAAACAGGAAAAUUUAGAACAGCAAAAUUCUGAUGGGGGACCUGGAUCAGAAUCGGAUCGUAAUGAAAGUGUUAAUUUGAGGCUGGAUAGUGUUUCGGAAAACCAACGAAUGUUUCGAGUGGAACAGCUUUAUGGAAAUAACAUGCCAGAAAAUGGAUUUAAUUUAUCAACAAAUCAACACAACGAAUACACUAAGUCUCGAUUUAUGUUUGAUCAAGCAAUUGGAUCGAACAAAUCAGAUAAUUCAUGUUGUCCAGUGUGCGGUGUCUGCUUACAAUCUGGUGAAUUAGAAUCACAUUUUCUACAAGAAUUAGAACGUUUGUGUAAAUUAACAUGCAUUCGAAAUAAUUAUGAACGACUUCCACCACAAAAUAUCAAUGGUUCUGGACCCGAUCAUAGAUGGGAAAUUUUCGAACGUAUCAAAAACAAUCGACAAGAUCGUCUUAAAACGAAAUUGCGUAAACGUAAAGCGGACGAGGUUUGUUGUCCAAUCUGUAAUCGAGGCAUGUUACGAAACUCAGACGAAUUAAAUGUGCAUAUAAGUCAGUGUUUACGAAAGCAACGAAUGAACAACAGUCCAAAUUCAAUUCAAGAUGAAGAUGAAACUGUGGAUAUUGAAGGUGAUAAUAGUAAAGGAUAUGUGGAAUCCAGUUGGCCAGAAGAUUUACGUAGUCCAAAAUCGAAUUCAAACAUUCAUUUUCCAAGAAAUGCGACACCGAGUAGCACAAAUAUGUCUGUGGAUCAUGAAACUGAAGGUGAAGAUGGCGAAGAAGAGGAUUUAAUUGUGGAUGCUGAUGAUUUACGAGUAACAACUCAAUAUAGUCCCACACAUUAUUCAUCUGAUUCGGAAGUGGUACAAUCAGCUAAUUCUGAAGCGCAAGAGCGUGAAUUGUUAAUAUGUAGUCCUGACGAUGCUCAACAAUCACAAGUAAAUUCUACAGUGAAUUCAAGUAACGAUGAAGGUAAAUCUGAAGGGAGUCAAGGCCAGCCUUGUGAUAGCAACGUAUCAACGUCUGAUACAGGACCAAGUAGUCGAGCUCAAUUAUUAAAAGAAUUAAAAGCUAAAAUACGUGAAUUAGAAAAUAAUCCAUCUACAGAUGAAGAAAUGUCUGCUCAAACUGAUUCUAAUUAUAAAUGUUUAAUUUGUAUGGAAAAUUAUAAAAAUCCUGUUAUUUCCACGACAUGCUGGCAUGUACAUUGCGAAGAAUGUUGGCUUCAAACUUUGGAAACCCGAAAAAAAGUAUGCCCACAAUGUAAUGUAGUUACAUCAUCCUCGGAUUUACGUCGAAUAUAUAUGUGAAAAAAAAUUGAA